AUGCAUAUUAAUGCAAAUACAGUGAUAUUUAAUCGAACAAUUCUUCUUGUUCCUUAUGGAAAACAUCAUGUCAAAAAAUAUCAUAUAUGGAUGCAAAAUGAAGAAAUACUUGAACUUACAGCUUCAUUACCAUUAAGUAUAGAAGAAGAAUAUCAUAUGCAACAAACAUGGUUAAAUGAUAAUGAUAAAUGUACAUUUAUUAUUUUAUCAAAAGAACUAUUUGAUCAAACACAUGAUGAAAUAAAAUCAAUGAUUGGUGAUGUGAAUUUAUUUUUAAAUGAUUCCGAUGAUAUUCAUUGUGGUGAACUUGAACUAAUGAUUGCUGAAGUAACAGCACGAAGAAAAGGUUAUGGAUUAGAAACAUUAUAUACAUUUCUCCGUUAUGGUAAAUUAAAAUUUCAUUUAUUUAAUAAACUAUUUUUUCUUGCAGCAAUAGAAAUACUUCAUAUAACACGUUUUAUUGUUAAAAUUGGUCUCAAGAAUCUACCAAGUAUUGCUUUAUUCACAAAAAAAUUUCAAUUUCAAACAAUUGAAACAUCAGAAGUUUUUCAAGAAGUAACAAUGGAACGACGUGUAGAUGAUGAAUUUAUUAAAUUGUUACAAAUGAAAACUCCAGAUUAUAAAAUUGAUUCUUAUGAUAAAUUGAAUACAGAUAAAACCGUUUGA